CGUGGAUCAUAGGUUAGCAUUGUUUGCUCACUCGAAACGCUGUCAGUGCAAGAAAGGGCGGGGUGGUCCUUCUCCUGACCAGGGGCCAGCAAUUCGGCCCCAAGGCGCGCGACCGUGACUCGGUUUAACUUCGUUAAAAAUUCAUCUUCAGAUAAGUUGGGGUUAGGUAUCACUGCGCGUACUGGUCGCCCGACCAAGCGCUACCCAGGGAACCAUGGAAAUCGGGCCACAGCUUCUCGCCAACCAGGUGCUUAAAAAGUAGGGAUUGUGGCUCGGCUACCAUGGAACCUCCGGACCCCAACAAAACCAAGCACUAACCACAGAAUGAACAGGAGAUAUAUUUUAUUGAACCAAACGAACAGAAGCGGCUGCUAACGUCUCUACGGGGGUACGGAUGUAGCCCUUAUACGCGUCAGUUGACCAAGAGAUUGAAUCAGAUGAUCUGAGAGCCCAUUCCUAGCCGUCACGGUGGCGGCGCCAAUACGGAAGCUGUGGCUGGAGUAAUCACCGGCGAAACCUGCUGCUCGCAUAAUCUGUCGCAACCAAGACGUCAGGAUAGGCUAAGACAAGGGCUGACCCGACUGCAACAAAAAGAGAGGGCCCGGUGUACCUCCUCUCAAGUGCAAGUAAGCUAGGAUGACCUCAACCGCACACAGAGGAGGGCUGGCUUUACCAAAAUAGAUGAAGGUCCCUUCGCGAAAGGGGUCAGUCUUAGAGGCUUUGAUGUUGACACGUAAGUACUUAGAAGCCGCAACGGAAUCAAGGGUAAUGUCGUGAGGCUGAAGGUGUUUCUGUGACGAGAAUCUUUUCAACGAGUCUACCGUAAACUCAGAUGCUCUCAGAAAGCCAAAGUAGGCGAGGUAGCAGGCAGCCCAAAAUAUUAGGUGGUCUGGAAGCCCGAGGUCCAGGUGGUAGUGGAUAAUAUUCGUGACCUCAUCGGUAACCGGUAACCGGGAGGGGGGAUUCACACCGCGAAACCUUUUGAUGCCCCUCAAUACUCCCUCGAGUCGUAAACAGCCCGCAAGAGUGUCCUGGAACCCUUGUUCAAUGUGCAUAGCACGAAUUUCAGACAAGUAAACCUUGAUUGACGACGGCUAAACAAAAUCCGCAAGAAAGAACGCAAACAAGCAAAGCGUCCACUCAUCUGCCGGACAUGGCGACCCGAGGUUGAGCUUUCCUAAUUGCUCGCAAAAGUUGAGAAACUUUCGCUGACCUGUAGCAUACGACUUAGAGUGGACGGGGCGAGUCCCUCGGGGAUGAACCGUCAGUACCUUGUUUCUAAAGGGUGAGCGAUAUCCGCCAGAAGCCACGGGAUGGGAGUAGGGAAUAGACGAGCCCAAGGCGCCAAGCGCAGAAAUUCCUGUCAAUUAAAACGAGACAGAGCGUCAGCUAGGGAUUUUUCAAUCCCUGGAACAUGGGCUGCAGCGAAGGAAAAACCACAUCUCGCAGCCCACAUGAGCAGCCUACGCAGCAAUUUCAUGAUGCACGGAACCUUGUCCUAGAGUUAACGAUGUGAACCACGGCUUCAUUGUCGGACCUGAAAAAGACAUGUCCCCAACCGUUUCCCAAUACACGCGCUGCGAUAAUGAUAGGAAAGAGCUCCUUGUAAGCUACUAACUGCGAGGUCUGAGAGGCGAACCAUAGCCCAUUAAACCACUCCGAUCCACAGUAAGCUCCUUAGCCUAAAGAGCCUGCUACGUUAGAGGUGACGAAUACCGUGGUAGUCGCUUCUAAACCAGGAUAAAGCCAGAAGCUGAUACCGUUCCAAGAUUCCAAGACCUGUUGCCACCAACUUGCUGGUAACCGGGCUACGCGGUUGACUCAAUCUAUUUCGAUUUCUUGAGUGUCGAGGAGGGGCCAUCACACCUGUCCGGGCGCAAGGGUAGGCCAAGAUUGGUGCAGACCUGUAGCGCCACUGACAGAUCUCGCGCACACCGCUGAGAGUCGGGUGGGCCCGCCAAAAUAAGGUCGUCGAGGUAGUGCAUAAUGUCAUGCACCUGGUGAUUGUUUACCAGAAUCCACUCCACCAUAGAGGCCACUGUAUUGAAAAUGUAGAUAGCAAUCGAAGGGGUGGACUGGGACGUUGCGGUACGCCGACAUGACGCCGAAUUUUGCGAUUAAAGCCCCCAAACCGAUUUUGUCUACCAUGCGAAUGAUAUCGUCGACUUGUAUUGCUGAUGUGUAGGUAAGGGCCCAGCCACUCUAUCCAGCGAAACCUCGUUAGCCAGAUAAUUGUCAACUACCGAAGGGUGCUCCUGUGCAGAUUGCUUAUUCUUUUUGCUCGACUGGAGUGCUGAAGACCCGUCAAAUCCCACUCUAUAGCCAUGGCGUAUAUAUGCCACCAGGUGUUGAUCGGGAUGUUUAAGUAAUGGUUCGUGUAAGAACUACGGUACCCUGCGGCAACGCAUGCGCAGAAGUAGCUAUAAAACUUCAGUAAAAUCCUGCCCUCUGAUUGGCUAAAAUACAUCUUCGGGUGUUUUCCGUAUCUUAUCCAUUGAUUGACAAACAUUUAAAUUAAGAAUAAAACAAAGGUUGCAUUGUUACAACUUAUCCCCGAGUUUUGUCCGAAUCGUAUGUUCGGAAGUUAGAUUUCCGACAUAGCGCUCACGUCGCCAUUUUGAAUUCUACAUGCUUCCUCCUCGAUAUAUUAAGACAAGUCUCUCGCUAUUCAUGAUCUCUUCGAAAAUAGUUUGAAAAUCUAUUGUAUAUACUUUAAAGAAACGCUUCUGAGUUCUGUUUGCUUGCAAACUUUGUCCGAGAAGUUAGAAAAGCUUGUCAUGGUGUUCAAAAGGCAGGCAUGUUGCUGCCCAAACCACGAGGCUUGGUGUGGCAGUAAGCCUUCAGAUGUGGAACAGAGGUCCCUGAGAAAGGCGAACAGAGUAGAGAAAGUUUUCUUGGAGCUAGAUGACAAAGGCAAAAAGGGCUGGUCUAGAAGCAUUUGUAUGUACUGUCGACAGCGAGUCGAUUUGGAGCUUGGAAACCAACGCAUGAAAACUUCACACGAGAGCUGUAGAGAUGAAACUGCCUCAAGUUCCAGCGUGUUUUUCCAACCGGAAACCUCUGAGACCAGCGCCGCCGCUGAAGCCGCGUUAGAACCAUUCCAGGACAUUGAGGAAACCUCUGCACUAGGGCAAAUUUUGCCGUCAUCAGUUGAUGCUGUACGACUCAUGAAAGCAUCAACUAAACUAAGGGACAUAGAACUAAAGGACAUAAAACGAUGCAUUGAAGUAGAAGAUACGGCGUUUGGUGAAGCGAAGAUAUUUUUUUAGAAAAUUGUAAAAUAUAAAUAUCAGCAAUAACCCGCAAUUGUCAGUAAGAGCAGUGGAAUGCUUAUGCGGAUGCAAAAAGCUGAAAGAAAUAGUGAAUAUAAAUGCAGCCCGUCUGGAGCCAGAAGAAUUACAAUUUCUUCGCAGAAAUUUUCCGUGAGUCCUCAUGGCCUACUAUGUAUCGAAGACGGAGACCCCGAUUAUAAGCUGGACACUCUCGAAUUCAUCAAUGAGCUUAUGGAACAAACCUUGCUUGCGGCUUGUUUUAAGAAAAUAUUGUGCGUUCUGUCUGUGUCGAUAAAAUAAUAACUAGAGGACUGCUACUACUGUGAAUUCCAGUAAACUUUAUUGCUGUGGCUUGUAUGCGAUAAUAGUUGUAUUGAGGAUCGAAUAAAGCAAAAUUGGUAACU